UUUCAAAGAAACACAAAUCUGUUCUGAGAAAGGUCUAUAGGCAAUAAGUAAGCCCAAAAAGGCAUGUUUGCUUGGCGAUGCCCAGCAGAUAAGCCUGGCAAACCUCGGUGUGAUUGAAGAAGCCAAUUUGAGACUCAGCCUAGUCCAGGCAAGCUACUGGCACCUGCUGCUCUCAACUAACCUCCACACAAUGGUGUUCGCAUUUUGGAAGGUCUUUCUGAUCCUAAGCUGCCUUGCAGGUCAGGUUAGUGUGGUGCAAGUGACCAUCCCAGACGGUUUCGUGAACGUGACUGUUGGAUCUAAUGUCACUCUCAUCUGCAUCUACACCACCACUGUGGCCUCCCGAGAACAGCUUUCCAUCCAGUGGUCUUUCUUCCAUAAGAAGGAGAUGGAGCCAAUUUCUCACAGCUCGUGCCUCAGUACUGAGGGUAUGGAGGAAAAGGCAGUCAGUCAGUGUCUAAAAAUGAUGCAUGCAAGAGACGCUCGGGGAAGAUGUAGCUGGACCUCUCAGAUUUACUUUUCUCAAGGUGGACAAGCUGUAGCCAUCGGGCAAUUUAAAGAUCGAAUUACAGGGUCCAACGAUCCAGGUAAUGCAUCUAUCACUAUCUCGCAUAUGCAGCCAGCAGACAGUGGAAUUUACAUCUGCGAUGUUAACAACCCCCCAGACUUUCUCGGCCAAAAUCAAGGCGUCCUCAACGUCAGUGUGUUAGUGAAACCUUCUAAGCCCCUUUGUAGCAUUCAAGGAAGACCAGAAACUGGCCACACUAUUUCCCUUUCCUGUCUCUCUGCGCUUGGAACACCUUCCCCUGUGUACUACUGGCAUAAACUUGAGGGAAGAGACAUCGUGCCAGUGAAAGAAAACUUCAACCCAAUCACCGGGAUUUUGGUCAUUGGAAAUCUGACAAAUUUUGAACAAGGUUAUUACCAGUGUACUGCCAUCAACAGACUUGGCAAUAGUUCCUGCGAAAUCGAUCUCACUUCUUCACAUCCAGAAGUUGGAAUCAUUGUUGGGGCCUUGAUUGGUAGCUUGGUAGGUGCCACCAUCAUCAUCUCUGUUGUGUGCUUUGCAAGGAAUAAGGCAAAAGCAAAGGCAAAAGAAAGAAAUUCUAAGACCAUCGCGGAACUUGAGCCAAUGACAAAGAUAAACCCAAGGGGAGAAAGCGAAGCAAUGCCAACAGAAGACGCUACCCAACUAGAAGUAACUCUACCAUCUUCCAUUCAUGAGACUGGCCCUGAUACCAUCCAAGAACCAGACUAUGAGCCAAAGCCUACUCAGGAGCCUGCCCCAGAGCCUGCCUCAGGAUCAGAGCCUAUGGCAGUGCCUGACCUUGACAUCGAGCUGGAGCUGGAGCCAGAAACGCAGUCGGAAUUGGAGCCAGAGCCAGAGCCAGAGCCAGAGUCAGAGCCUGGGGUUGUAGUUGAGCCCUUAAGUGAAGAUGAAAAGGGAGUGGUUAAGGCAUAGGCUGGUGGCCUAAGUACAGCAUUAAUCAUUAAGGAACCCAUUACUGCCAUUUGGAAUUCAAAUAACCUAACCAACCUCCACCUCCUCCUUCCAUUUUGACCAACCUUCUUCUAACAAGGUGCUCAUUCCUACUAUGAAUCCAGAAUAAACACGCCAAGAUAACAACUAAAUCAGCAAGGGUUCCUGUAUUACCAAUAUAGAAUACUAACAAUUUUACUAACAUGUAAGCAUAACAAAUGACAAGGCAAGUGAUUUCUAACUUAGUUGAGUUUUGCAACAGUACCUGUGUUGUUAUUUCAGAAAAUAUUAUUUCUCUCUUUUUAACUACUCUUUUUUUUUUUUUUUUUUAGACAGAGUCUUGCUCCGUCACGCAGGCUGUGAUCGUAGUGGCGCGAUCUAGGCUCACUGCAACCUCCGCCCCCUGGGUUCAAGUGAUUCUCCUGCCUGAGCCUUCUGAGUAGCUGGGUCUACAGGCACGUGCCACCAUGCCUGGCUAAUUUUUUUGUAUUUUUAGUAGAGACGGGGUUUCACCUUGUUAGCCAGGAUGGUCUCCAUCUCUUGACCUCAUGAUCUGCCCACCUUGGCUUCCCAAAGUUCUGGGAUUACAGGCAUGAGCCACUGCGCCCGGCCUCUUUUUAGCUACUCUUAUGUUCCACAUGCACAUAUGACAAGGUGGCAUUAAUUAGAUUCAAUAUUAUUUCUAGGAAUAGUUCCUCAUUCAUUUUUAUGUUGACCACUAAGAAAAUAAUUCAUCAGCAUUAUCUCAUAGAUUGGAAAAUUUUCUCCAAAUACAAUAGAGGAGAAUAUGUAAAGGGUAUACAUUAAUUGGUACAUAGCAUUUAAAAUCAGGUCUUAUAAUUAAUGCUUCAUUCCUCAUAUUAGAUUUCCCAAGAAAUCACCCUGGUAUCCAAUAUCUGAGCAUGGCAAAUUUAAAAAAUAACACAAUUUCAUGCCUGUAACCCUAGCACUUUGGGAGGCCGAGGCAGGUGGAUCACCUGAGGUCAGGAGUUCGAGACCAGCCUGGCCAACAUGGCGAAACCCCUUCUCUACUAAAAAUACAAAAAUUAGCUGGGCGUGGUAGCGCGUGCCUGUAAUCCCAGCUACUUGGGAGGCUGAGGCAGGAGAAUCGCUUGAACCCAGGAGAUGGAGGUUGCAGUAAGCCGAGAUUGUGCCACUGCACUCCAACCUGGGUGACAGAGUGAGAUUCCAUCUCAAAAACAAAAACAAAAACAGAAAACAAACAAACAAAAAACAAAAAAUCCCCACAACUUUGUCAAAUAAUGUACAGGCAAAUAUUUUCAAAUAUAAUUUCCUUCAGUGAAUACAAAAUGUUGAUAUCAUAGGUGAUGUACAAUUUAGUUUUGAAUGAGAUAUUAUGUUAUCACUGUGUCUGAUGUUAUCUACUUUGAAAGGCAGACCAGAAAAGUGUUCUAAAUGAACUCUUAAGAUCUAUUUUAGAUAAUUUCAACUAAUUAUUUAAAUAACUUGUUUUACUGCCGGUACAUUCCACAUUAAUAAAGCGAAACCAAUCUUAUAUGAAUGCUAAAUAUUACUAAAAUGCACUGAUAUCACUUCUUCUUCCUCUGUUGAAAAGCUUUCUCAUGAUCAUAUUUCACCCACAUCUCACCUUGAAGGAACUUACAGGUAGACUUACCUUUUCACUUGUGGAAUUAAUCAUAUUUAAAUCUUACUUUAAGGCUCAAUAAAUAAUACUCAUAAUGUCUCAUUUUAAUGACUCCUAAAGCUAGUCCUUUUAUAAACAACUUUCUUGACAUAGCAUUUAUGUAUAAUAAACCAGACAUUUAAAGUGUACAA